CUUGAAAGUCAGAAUUUGGCAAUAGCCAGAAAUUGUGCUGAAAUCACAGCCUGUACCAAACGCAGUGGUUACUACAACGUCACAGUACUCGUAGAAGGUUACCCAAAAUCUUACCUAGUGGAGUGUGAUGCCCAUACAGAAGGUGGUGGCUGGACGGUGAUACAAAGACGCCAGGAUGGUUCCGUUGAUUUCUAUAGGACCUGGGAUAAUUACAAAAACGGUUUUGGCAAUAUCGAGGGGGAAUUUUUCAUUGGCCUAGAUCGGCUGUAUGCUUUAACCAAUUUCAAUGGUCCCCAGGAGCUCUUGAUUUUAAUGGAAGGUAUUAACCAGACCGCGGGAAAUGCGGUCGUGUUCGCUUAUGCCAAAUAUAGCUCUUUUGCCAUUGGCAACGAAUCGGAGAAGUAUGCACUGAAGCAAACUGGUAAUUAUUCGGGAACAGCUGGUGACUCAUUGCGAUAUCAUGUUGGCUGUAAAUUUACGACAAAGGAUCAAGACAAUGACAGUGACUCUGAUGGGAAUUGUGCCGUGUUACGCUCUGGAGCUUGGUGGUACAAAAAUUGCUACGACAGUCAUCUGAAUGGGUUAUAUAACUCAAAGAAUAAAAUACUAAGUGGAAUUAAUUGGAAUACGUGGUUGGGUAACACUGCAUCAUUGACCCAUGUGCACAUGAUGAUACGCCAAGGAACAGUUUAAAUGAAUUCCUUACCCACUAACCUUGGGUGGAAUAAAAAAUAAU